UUAUGUGUGUUUGAAUUACAGAUACACAACGUUCGCGGGUCCAAAUGGAGUAGCUGAGAAUUUUUCUAAUCAAUACCAAAUAAAGUAUUGAAAAAUAAUGAAAACGAGAGACCGAAGAAGUGCGAUCUGUCAGCUGAACACCAUGUGAUUAUGUUAUUAGGGACGAAAAUUCUGUUGGCCGUUGCUGCAACAUCAUUUAUAGUUGUAGUGACGGCCUGUCCGUUAAGCUGCUCGUGUAAAUGGAAAGGUGGCAAACAGACAGUAGAAUGCGUAAACAAAAGCUUGCCUACAAUUCCGGAAGGAAUUGAUGGAGGGACACAGGUACUGGAUAUGUCAGGUAACCCGAUAAAUUCAUUACCUCGAGGUCGUUUCAUGACGGCAGGCUUGACCAACUUACAAAAAAUAUUCGUGGCACGGUGUCUAAUCACGUACGUGGACGAAAGUGCAUUCCGAGGCUUAUCUAAUUUGGUCGAACUCGAUUUGUCCGACAAUGCAAUAGCUGAUAUACCUAGCAAAUCAUUUGACGACUACCCUUCGCUAAUGAAGUUUGCAUUUGGCGGCAACACCGUUACAUCCAUUAAAACGGCCGCGUUCAAAAGGUUAUCAUAUCUAACGGUAUUGGACCUAAGUGGCUGUCGACUCGAAACUAUCGAACCAGGAGCUUUUGAUGGUCUCUCCAAACUCGAAUGGUUGCGACUCGACAACAACCGCAUAGUCCGAAUGGAAAGUUUUAAUGGAGGUCCAGUGUUGCCGCUGUCAUUACAUGGGAUAGAGAUACAUCAUAAUCCCUGGAUGUGUGAUUGUAACUUACUUGAUAUUCAUGGCUGGCUCAACAAUAACAGCAUACCUCAAACUGUCGAAUCUACAUGUCACUCCCCCGAAAGACUACGGGGCUUAGUCAUAAAGAAAUUAUCUCGAGACGAGUUAGCUUGUGCUCCAACCGCAAAGUCUUGGUCGCCCGCAUUUCAAGAAACGGAAGUUGGAAAAAACUUAACACUAUCAUGCCGAUUAAAUCCGCCCGAGGUCACUGCUACUAUCUCCUGGCUACUAGAAGGACGUCCAAUAAAUAACAAUACUGCAUUAGCUGUGACAACAGAUACCACAGCAGAUUUAUUAGUGCCGGACGUAACCGUGAGACAUAACGGUACCUUUACAUGUAUAGCUGAAAAUCGAGCGGGGCAAGCAUCUUGUAACUUCACGGUGCGUGUGAUUCAAGGGCCAUCCGAAAAGGUCGCAGGCUCUUAUUCGCCAGCGGCUCCAGUUCCUUUAAUGAUGGUAGCCGUGUUAGCCGGUGGUGUAUUUUGUUUUGUCAUCGUAGCAGUAGUGUGUAUAAUUAGCUGUCGGUUUAUGUGUUCGAGCCGAAAAACCACUAGAAGUGGUAAAUCCAAUUCAUCUGCUGGAGCUAGUGGUUCUCAAGAAACGAAAUCGACCUCGGACAUAAGACAAUCCGAUUCCAUCAAUUUAACCGUUUCUUCGGUAGCUGAUGGCAAAUUGUCAUCUACCGAAGACAUAAGUGUAUAUGAAUAUGAAGCAAACAAUUUACCAGCUCCUACUUACGAGGUACAAGAAGUUCUUCACGUAGCCGGUUACGACGUUUAUCAACCAUCGGCCUCUCCGAACUGUAAUACUUUAGAAGCCAAUCCAGAUCUUAUAAGCGACGCGUCCACGGUAGUGAAAGACAAUGGCAAUCACCAUCGCGAAACAACUGGAGAAGUCUAUAAACUAGCGUUAACUCAACCGUCCACGGUUUGCCACACAGAUUAUUGGUCACCGAAUAAUGUGUACCCCAUGAUGACCACAGUCAGCGAAGGGUACGACUUUCAGCAGCUUUCACCGAGUAAGCUAAUGACUAGUGGGCCGUAUCCACCAGACUACGGCUUACCGAAGAUACCUAUAGCUGUCGGUGCUAUGGCGUAUCCACCGGACUACGGUCUACCGAAAAUUUCACCUUAUCCACCACCACCCGCAUUAUACCGAACAUUACCAUACCGGCGGAACGCGGCUAAGCCACAGGGCCGGUCAUGCCAAGAAGCCGAAUUCGUACUUGUGCAACAUAGGAAUCAUCAUCAUCACAAUCACUUAAGGUGCAAACCACCAAACGUGAGGUACAAUCAACAGGGAUACCCUUUCGUUACCGCUGGACCGAACAGCUACUUCUCUGAGGCCGCUUCGGCCGCGUACUACGAACAGCCACCAUCAUUGUCCAAUGCUUCUGCUCAAACUCUUGAAGAAGAAAUGCAAUCUGUUCAACAUAUGAAACAACAACCUUCGUCUUUACCCGCCGCGGCACCUCUCAACAGUAGACCACCUGAACAACAUAAAGCUGUUACGUUCGUUCAAAAACAAUCGGCCAAUUCCGAAAGUCCUGACGAAGGUUAUGUGGGCGAAGGUCCCGACUCCUAAUCAAAUAAAUUUUUAACGAUUUUAGUUACCAAUAAAUUUGUACGAUACAAAUUAUUGUAAUUUUAUAAAAUGUACACUAAUGUUAUAAUAGUAAUAAGCUGUAUAAAGUAGAAAACUAAGCAUAAAGAAAUCAUUACGGCGGUGCUGUAAUUAUAUAAAAACAGUAUUGUAAAUGUCAAUCAAUAAGUUAUAAAAUAUCAGCUGACAUCAUUUAAAUGGAAAUUUUUAAUUAAUUAUAUCAGAUGGCAGUUGACAUGGAUGGUUAUCACCAGAGAAAAAAUGUAUUUCAAACAACCGAAUAUUUUCAGUAUUAAAAAAGCCGUCAGUGUGAAUAAAAAAGAGUUAAUUUUUAAAUCAAGAAAUCAAAAAUCUUUUGUUUAUUUUAUUACAUUAUUAAAAUAAUAAUUGAAUAGUAAAAGUAUAACAGUUAUACCAAGAAAAACUCGGGAAAAGAAUUUUUGCUAAUACUUUUGUAACAUAUGACAUCCAUUAAUAUUUUAAGGUCGUUUCUUAUAUUUAUUGUUAUUAUUAUUACUAUUAUUAUUUAUUUUUUUUUUUUUGAGAUAGAAAUUUUAGAAAUAUAUGUUGUUUCAAGAUAUUUUUUGAUAGAAAAUAUUAUGAAAAGAACGUCCUACAGUUCAAUGCAUUUAAUUCAUAAAAAAAAAAAAUGUUUAUUAAGUUUAUAAGUCGUAAUAGAAACUCAAUGAAUAAAAAUCAUUUUACUCAAUAAAAGUUAACUUAAAAGUAUUAUCAUUAUAAGAAAACCCAUGUGCGUCAAUUUUCUCUUAUAUUAGUAAUGAUUUUGAUUUCGUGUACAAUUUAGAACGUUUAAAUUACAAUAAAACAGUCCCAUAGCAAAUAAAUAAAUACAGUGUAAUAACAUGAUAAAAUCUAUAAAACAAAUAUAUGUUUCCGUAUAUUCAUAAAACUUUGUUAGUACACAUCAUAGUCCAUCAAAGAGAUUUUCGAAGUAGGUAAAUAUUUUUUUAUGGUUCUUCCUGUUCCGGUUAACCUUUUUAAAUAUUAUCGACCCUUUAACAGGACUUGAGAUAUUCGUAGUUGAGUUUUUGUUUGUAGAAAAAAAACAUUCGCUCUACAGUUACCGUACUUCCGCAUUAAAACCCAAAAGUUUUAAUAAAAUGAAAACAUGUAUACAUACAUAUAUGAUGCAUGAUUUAUAUCUAUACACCCAUUUUAGUUUCCUAAGUUAGGUAAUCUACCAUGGAUAAUAUUAGCUACAUAAAUUAAUAUUGUGUCUGUUGCAUUCAGCAGAUGUUUUUGAGAAUAAAAUAAAAAUAAAAAAGAAUCGAAAUUUAUGAUGUCUGGUGCAAUUUUUAUAUCACCAAAUCCAUUGCAAUAAUUCAUUCAAGAUAUUCAAAUUUUUUUUUUAUUUUAAGCUGUAACACAAAACGUAAGAUGGCCAUGUGUUGUAACUGUUUACAUUUGAUAUUCAUUCGAUACUGCCAUUGUUUUUGUCUCUCUCCUUCUUUGGUUACCAGGGACGGCUAUUAACUUUAAUUUAAAUAGUAUCAACCGGAAAAAAUAAAUGUUUGCCUAGUGACCAGAAAAAUGAGUAUGAAACAUUGUAGGCCUAUCAAUUUACUUUUUUGGAAACUAUUAGUAAAGACCGGUUAAAGAUUUAUUUUUUUUACAGACCGUUUAACGUCAGACGUAUCAAUUUUAUUGGUGUAACAAUAAAAUACUUUAUUCACAGAACUCUUUCGGACCUGUAUGUAAUAAAAAGUGCAAAGUACAUUCCAUUGCAAACGACUGAACCUUAUUAUCACGAAUUCCAAGAAAUGGGAAUUUAAUUUUGACCGGUCUUAAGAGACCUGUGCUGAUUGUAAAUAACCUAACUAUUUGACAUUUUUCUAUGCGCACGUAUAUCAUUUAAAACCUAAACAAUGAAAUUUUAAAUUCCAAGCGAACGGAAUAUAAAAUUUUUAAAGUUAACACAAUUCCCAAGGGUAAAUAGUAUCAUUUUACACUCAAAAUUAAUCAAUUAAAACUAUUAUAUGAUAAUAGUUUGAUAUUAUUAUAACAUUUAAUUUACACGUAAAAACCAUUAGCAUAAUAACUCAUAUUGUAAAAAAAUCCUUGAUAUCGCAUUUAAUAGUAAGAUAUAUAAAGCUCAUAAUAUUUUUUUCAAUAUUAUUAUGUAUUGUUAUGUAUAACAUUAUUUUAAAAACACUAUGUUACAUCAUUAAUCAUUGUAUAGGUUUAACAUUAAUAUUAUUACAUAGACGAGUUGAUGGACCGUAUUGUGAUUAAUACUGUAUAGUUGUUCACUAGUACCUUUUAUAUAGUGUAUAGAGUUUUAUACAAAAAACAUUGCUAAUUAUAACAAUUUUAAAUAUAUAUAUAAAUAUAUAUAUAUAUAUAUACGUUAUGGUAAAUCAAUAAAAUCUA